AUGGCAGCCGCAGCAGCCUUCUAUUCUGAUGUGGACAAUUCUUCCAGAAUGGAGCUUACAUCAAGAUGGCUCUACCAUCCGAAUUCUGGCUCCUGUAGUAGCGAACAUGUUUCCGACGUGUCAUCUUCGGCAAUGAGUGAUUCGAGUCAUUCUUCUACUAGCAAUGAUUCUGUUAACUACAACAGAACACUCUCAGCUAAUUCGCAAGAGGAGUUCAAGCUGUGCAGGUUUGCAGCGGAGACACCUCGGAAUAUCAAUGCUGUUUGGGGUGAGGGAGGCACCACCGAGUCCACGAGCUUCUUCGAACGCGGCGAAUUGCAGAAAGGUUACGUCGAAGUGCCAAUUCACUCAGAUGUUCUAUUUGUUAAUUUACCUGGAAGAAUUGUUAGCGCUUUGGUCCAGUCGCGUCGUAUAGUUGUGGAAGGUGAUGGAAAAAUACGUUCUCUACCUUUUGCGCUUGAUGAGUUCAAUAAUUUGGCGCCGCACACUGACGAUGGCAUUAAUCCGCUCCAACGCAGGGUUCUACAUGCACUAGAGAAAGAGACGUCCACGAAGACCUUUGUAUCAUGUGAUCAAGCGGACAAAGGAAAGGAAAACGAGGAGAACAAUUCAGUCAGUGAUAACGAAACUAGUGGAUCACUUGUUGAUUCUACAAUGGCGUCUCUGUCUCUUGCUUCGUCGGGAGCUUCGAAAGAGAACGAAGUUAGCUCGAUCGAUUCUAAAGGAAGUGACCAAAAGGAUUUGCUUUGCGCCAUAGGACUAUCAUCAGAUCAAAUCGAUCGUCUUUACAAUGCUCCUGUAUGGACUCCCAUGCUAAGAAAGAAAAGCGAAGAUGAAGAAGAGGAAUCUACGGCUGGAGAAGACCAGUCCAUGUCUGCCGACCCCAGCGAAAGGUCUUGGGAAAUUGCUGCGAUUCUUCGGCCGCAAAUUACUAAGAAGGGUUCUGUAAUAAAGGAGAAGGAGUAUCUUGUUGUUUGGAAAGAUUGGCCUUGGUACGAUCAGUGGAGUUUGACACCUGAAAGUUUUGACGGCGACGGAAAAAGGAUGGCAGCGGCGGAUACACGAGAGCGCUUGGUCUCACAGAUGGCGGCCUACAUGCAGCAAAAAGACAAAAAAGGCUUUGAUGAAAUGUUUCCUUCCUUUGGGCGUCGACAUGAUUUUACAAAUUGGUAUCGUGUGCAUCUUCGUGUAGUUGAGCAAGCAAUAAAUGAUGAGCUUGAAGAUCUAGGAAUGGCUCCGAUUUACAUUGAGAACUGGACGAAUGAUGAACGAGCUCUCAUCAAUGUCAAGUAUUUGACGAGAUGUGCGUUGUCGGUUUUGAACUAUCGGGAGGUGAAAGCUACUGGUCGAUCUUUACGUCUUCAGUAUCCUGAUGAAGGAGCAGGUUGUAACUGUAAAGACGGAAUUUGCACUUCGUCUUGUCCCUGUAUUAAGCUAAUGGGUCGAGAUCAAAUACGAAUGAGGAGCAGCGGUAAAGUUGAUGUUGAGAAGCUCGCGGAAGCAACUACCGUUGAAUGUGGCACAACCUGUUCCUGCACAUCAGAUUGUCCCAGUAGAUUUGCUGAGAGAGGGCGGAAAGUACCUUUAGUGGUAAUGUACACGACUGCGAAAGGUUGGAGUGUAUUUGCGCCACAAAUUAUUCCAGCUGGAACUUUUCUUGGAGUUUAUACGGGCGAGAUUAUUCCUCUAUGUAGUGCGAUUUCGCAAGGGAUAUCCACUAGCUACCAGUUCACAAAUAUUCAUCAGAUACCUGGUACAAAGCAAUACGUUGUUGAUGCUUCUCGUAUGGGGAACGAAACCAGAUAUUUCAAUCAUGCUUGCGGAGAUGCUGCAAAUCUUAAAGCAGUUUCACUUCUGUCGCGAGGUAAUUUGCUGACCAACAAUAUGCUUUUCUUCACCAAACGGAUGAUUGCAAAAGGUGAAGAGCUCACUUUUUCGUACCGCGGAAAGGAUAUGGAGGAGCAAAAAAGUGGUAUCCGCUGCCUGUGUACACCCGGGUGUCAAAAUCGAUUGUGA